AUGUCUGUCGGUGUUUGGGAUUUAAUGCCGGUCAGAUGCCGAUGGAUUGAGACGUUACGGCACUGCGGAAAAUCGCUGCUAAGGAGACAGCGACGACUGCUCAGGAGACUGAAGAAGGCUUACCUACACAGUUGGCGCUCUGCUGACGAGCUGAACAUGUUGGUGGGUGCGAAGGUUGGCGGCGCGACUCCGCUGGUGAUCGCAUGCAGAAACGGACACUACGAUGUUGCCGAGUACCUCAUUGAGAGAUGUAAAGCUGAUAUUGAACAGCCUGGUUCAGUGACAUUUGAUGGCGAGACAAUAGAAGGUGCGCCACCACUAUGGUGCGCCGCGGCUGCCGGUCACCUGCCUCUGGUGAAGCUGCUGGUGCGGGCCGGUGCAAAUGUCAACUCUACCACGAGGACGCACAGCACGCCCUUGAGGGCCGCCUGCUUCGACGGACACCACGAUAUUGUUAAAUUCCUAGUUGAAAACGGCGCUGACAUAGAGAUAGCCAACCGUCACGGACACACCUGCUUAAUGAUAGCUUGUUACAAAGGCCACAUCAGAAUCGCCAAGUACUUACUUUCAUUGAACGCUGACGUGAACAGGAAGAGCGUUAAAGGCAACACAGCGCUACACGACUGUGCAGAAAGCGGUUCCCUACACAUAUUAAAGAUGCUGCUAGGACAUGGAGCAACGAUGGACGUUGAUUCAUAUGGUAUGACACCACUGCUAGCGGCAUCAGUGACGGGCCACACACAUAUAGUAGAACACCUAAUCAAUGUAGAAUACGGACUAGUGACGCGGCAACAGCGUAUUGACGCGCUAGAGCUGUUAGGUGCCACGUACGUCGAUAAGCGAAGGGACAUGGUUGGAGCGCUCGCGUUAUGGAAACGAGCCAUGGACGAUAGAUUUCCGGCGGAUGGAAGCGAGCCAAUCCCCAAGCCUAAAGACAUACCAAGGAUAGAGGCGUAUGACUACGCAGUAGAACCUAGCAAUGCACAAUUAUUGGAAGAAAUACUCGCUGACCCCGAUGCUAUGAGAAUGCAAGCCUUAGUCAUUAGAGAAAGGAUUCUAGGUCCGGCGCAUCCCGACACAUCGUACUACGUGCGGUAUCGCGGCGCAGUGUACGCGGACGCGGGCCGUUUUGUGCGCUGCCGACAACUGUGGCACCACGCGCUCGAUAUGCAACGAGCUGUGCUCCCACCCUUAUCACCGCUUACCCAGUCCAGUCUAUACAGUUUUGCGGAGUUGUUUUCAUAUAUGUUGGCUGAGCGAGCACGUCCUCCACUAAGAGGUCGUAUAGUCCCACCAGUAACAUUCGAAGACAUCGAACCAGUAUUCAAAAAAGCAUUGUCCGAGAUUGACAGAGGCAUGGAACUCCUAGACUCCAAGCUUAGCAUUGAUCGGGAACAAACGUUGAGCACCUUACAGAGGGUUUUAGUCAUUUCACUGCACCUUGCUGCUCUCAUGGCCAGGUUAUUAGAGGAACCGGAUUGUACUGAAGAAGUUUCCAGAAAGAUUCAUAAGGCUGUGUACUCACUUAUUAAGUUAGAUAUUAAGGUGCGGCAGGGCCGGUCGGCGCUGCACGUGGCGUGCUCGGCGGAGGGGUGCCGCGGGCGGGGCGCGCGCGCGUGGCUGCCGCCGGCGGGGGGCGCGCAGCCCUGCGCCGCGCACCUCGUGGCGCUCAUGCUGCGCCUCGGCGCGCCGCCCGACGCGCGCGACGCCGACGGGAACACGCCGCUGCACCUCGUCUGCAAGUUAAACCCGUGUCCCGCGGAAGUAGUUCGUGAAUUGUUAGCGCACGGCGCCCACAUCGACACGGUCAACUACGAAGGUGAGACCCCCGAGGAAAUACUCAAAUCCACCCAGCAGAGUCUCACGGCCAUCGUCAACCCGCUCCGGUACACCACGCUCAAGUGCCUGGCGGCGCGGACGGUCAAGAACUACAGGCUGCCAUACCGACACGUGGUCCCGCACUGCCUCCACUCCACCAUCAUCACGCACUGA